CAAUGUUGGGCCCACCGUGCGUCAGAAAGCUACCUGUUGUCGUUCCAGCAGAAACAGAGACGGAAUGUACAGGCGAGGAAUGAACAUGUUAUGAAGCACAGUUUUAGGAUUUCUAAUAUUUUCAUGGUGUUGCUAAAUGAAAGCUGGAAAAGUGAUGUUUAUUAUUGUUGUAAUACAGCACGGAUCCUGUGGGUGGUUCCUGCGCAAUCCAUAUAAGUACCACGGCGCAGUGUGCGUCGGAGAGACAAGCUGCGCGGAAUAACAUUGACAAUGGGUCGAACUGGCUAUGGUUGGUUUGUCCUGCUGCUCUAUCCUUGCAUUCUCACUGGCCAGGCUGAGAGUCGGAAAACUACUGCUCCUCAUGGGACAGACUGCACGCAGAUCAAAGCCCUCUCCCCUGGAGCUCGUAGUGGCCUGUACACCAUAAAGCCCAUGGGAGUCAGAAGACCUUUCAAGGUGUACUGUGAGAUGCUGGCAGAUGGGGGCUGGACCGUGUUCCAGAGGCGGACAGGGGGUGAGGUGUCCUUCAGAAGGAACUGGGCAGCAUACAAGCAUGGCUUUGGUAAACCUCGAGGCGACCACUGGCUGGGGCUGGAGCGGGUGUGGGCGCUCACCCAAGCUAGGGGGCGCCGGUGGACUCUGCGGGUAGACCUGUGGGACUUCGAGGGGGGCACUGCCUUUGCAGAGUAUGAAGACUUCAAGUUGGGCAAUGAGACGGAGGCCUACAGGCUGAGUGUCGGGACCUACCGUGGCACGGCAGGUGAUGCCAUCCGCGGGGCCUACCCGGGCAUCGACCAGAACGGCCACGGCUUCAGCACCGAGGACAGGGACAACGAUGGCUGCUCGCCCUGUAUUUUCGGGGACAUCGCGGAGAAUGAGUGCAGCUGGAGCGAGGGCGGCGGGGGCUGGUGGUACAGCCGCUGCGGCUCCGCCAGCCUGCACGGGGACUGGCACCCCGCCGGCGACAACCUGGGCUGGGCGUCUGGCCUCCACUGGCUCACCUGGAAGGGGCCCGCCCCUUACUCCGCCCAGGCCACGCGCAUGAUGGUGAAAGCAGUGUGAGAGACAUACCCUGAGCGCUGAUUGGCAUGGCCGUUCAUUAAAUAUUCCUGCACACUGCUGUUAUUGACACAACAUCACCAGCAUCUAUGCUGAUGUGCAUCAGGAUCAUCUUGGCUGAGGGAGAUAUGCACCUGGCACUCCUGCCAUCAGUAGUGUAACUCUCUGCCUUUCACCAUUUCACACUUGCAUCUUAACAAAUCAAAGCACUCUCUGCCACAGCCUAAAUGAUGCCACCUGCACAGCACAACUGUAAUAAAAUCUGUUCAAAAUAAGGCUCUUAAUUUUUUUCCCCCCAAACAUUAAUAAAGGAUUUGCCUUCUUUCUGUAAGCGUUAAUUUGUAACUUCUGGUUUUAUGCAAGAUCACAACUGAGUUGUUGGUCCCAGCGCAGACCCUGAAAGUGCCUGCUAUAGCUUAAGCAGGUGUUGCUCUUCUGCAGAGUGUGAUAAGUUUGGCAGAUCGCUCAGUUUAAUGAAAUCUGCCGUAGCUUGAGGAAAAUUGGUUUCUUGACUGUCGCACACUUUUUCAUUAAAUCUGGGGAUCUGCCAGACUCGUAAUGCUUUAGAGGUGACAGCAGGCCAGAUUUGCUUGAAUGCACUACUCUGAGUGCAUAAGCGGAUGUGUUGAGUAGAAGCUUUAUAUUGCUUGGAUUAGUGUUUUUAGGCUUUUUGUCUUAUUCCGUUGUUUAUCAAAUGUCUACAGACAAUCCCUUUGCACACAUGCAUGCAUACCCUCAGCUGCAGCCCUUCCAUCUUUUCUGAAAAAAAAAGUCUAGAUUAAGAUUAGUCUAAUGAUGACUAUAUUAAACAUAUUUGGAGCAUUAGGGCAUAAACAGUUCUUCCGUGAAGCAGCACUGGCUGAAACGUUUAUACCAUGUCUCUUUGUUUUCUCCCAUUUCAGUGGCUGCCUUCUAUUUUCCUUUUGUGCAAGUACAAAAUUAUGUAUGCAUGCUGUUGCUAUGAAUCACCUGAAGUCAAUGCUUUCAUUUCAUUGUGUUCAGAGCAUAGUGGGACGUGGAUAUGAAAUUGCACCCUCUGGUGGUGGGACAUGUGCAUUGUGAGACAAAAACACUCCAUACAUUGCAAAAAAAAAGCACACCUGCUAGAUGCUAUUAAUAGAGGUUUGUAUGAGAAAACCAAAAUAUUUGGUGGAAAAGGGCAGUAUUAAGAAAUGAUAGGCUUACAGUAAUAGAUGAGUGUUGUUUUGACUACAGGCACUAUAACUGAUAGUCAACAAAUCCAUAUCUUUUUUUGUUUUACAAAGGAUAUUUAAACUGACCUAAUAUGAAUCCUUGCUCUUUCCACCAUUAUUCUCUUAAGAACCAAGACUCAAGAUAUUGCAACAGCAACUUAAAUCUUCACCAUUGCAGAUCAGGGACAAAGGCUAUUUCGUGAUCAUGUAACAUGAAAUAUUAAUUAAUGCUAGAAAAUAUGGCAAGAAGCAGUAUGCAUAUAUAAAAUUGUGGACAGUAUCUCAUGAACGUUUUCCAGUAAUGUCUGUUGAGUUGCUUUAGUCCUUUAGGUUUUCUGUGAUACAGCUGAUUUUGAACGUUGUCAGAACCUGUGACAUUCCCUUGUUUAGGCUGCACCACAAGUAGUAUUAAAUGGCGCAAAACUUCUGUCAGUAGAACCAAUGUGGUCAACUCACCUAAAUCACAGAUGUGUGUAAUACAUAUUACAUAUGUUGUACAUAUGGAUUGAUUAUUGGUUGAUCUUUUAAUCAAGUAUUUCCUGAGCAGUGCUUGAUAUCUAGUUAAAAAAUUUUCUUGCUUUUGUUCUUUCAUAAAUAAACAAAUCAAAUAU